AGAAAUUUUGGCGAGAGGUUUGCACCGAAGAUAACGAAGUCCCUGCACGAUAAGAGCCAGAAGUUUGGACUGCCCUGCACCUUUGAGGUUGAACUUCAAGCUGACCCGGAACCACAGAUAUAUUGGUUCUUUAACGACGCCCUCAUUAUGAACGACAACGCGAACGGAGUGACCACAGCAAAAGUAAGCAGCAACAAACACAAGUUGAUGAUAGCAAACGUCGAAAGCGAGCAUGUCGGCAGGUACACAUUUGUAGCCAGGAACGAGAAGGGAGAAGCUAGUUCAUCGGCUCGUCUCGAGCACAUCUCCUCGCGCCCAUCUCCGAGGUACGCCAUGUCUCCCGCCACCAGGAGUCUCACGUCAUCAUCGUCCAUCAACAUUGUUGAGGAAAAUUCGGUAACAGAGCAAUAUAAGAAACCAUAUUUUCGUGCAAUAUCAAAAGACCUCGAAGUCGGAGAAAGCCAGGUAGCUAGAUUUGAUGCAAUUGUAGUAGGAAAACCGACUCCAGACGUGGCUUGGUACAGGGACAACCACCACAUAAUCACGACCUCGGAUGGAAAAUAUUUAGUGACCGUCAACGAGAAAGGUAUCAAUUCUUUGACCAUACAGAGGACAACGCUGAAUGAUGCAGGUGUGUACAGGUGUGUGGCAACCAACAAAGCAGGCCAAGAACACUUCCAAGUGAUUCUUAAAGUUACUUACAUUUCAACAAUCAGAACAGGACCAAGAUUUUCUCGUCGGGUCCAGCCAUGUUUAGUGGACAAGGGCGAAACGAUCACGUUGACAGCGGUGGUUCACGGUAGACCUCGACCUUUGGUCACGUGGUUGAAGGAUGGAGUACGUGACUGGUUGCCAACGACGACGGAAAAGUAUCAAAUGACUUACGAUGAGGAUAGGAAUUUAUGUCGGUUGAUAAUAAAAGAAUGUUCGUUUGAGGACAGUGGAACUUAUUCUUGUGUGGCUUACAAUCCAACCGGGCAGUCCGUGUGUUCUGCUUCGAUCAUUGUUGCUGGUUAG